AUGUUCUACACGGACAAGCUUUUAAACCUUCUCUACAUGCUUCGGACACCGGUGGAGUUCAGGAUCAAGUCCGGUAACGAGGAUGGUGUGUUCUCCCUGGGCCACGCCGACGGCCGCCUCGCCCUGGUGCGCCCGCUCGACUACGAGGAGGAAAAGGAGCGCGAACUGGGCGUCGAAGUGGCGUUGGGCGAGGCAAGUAGCGAGGCGAAUAUCUUGGUGCGAGUGCUGGACGAGAAUGACCACGUCCCUGCUUUCCCAAGGGCGCUGCACGAGACACAAAUCACGGAGGAGGAUGACCGUCACCUGCCCAAGACGAUCUUAACGGUGAAAGCCGUGGACGGGGACGCGGGCGAGUUCGGCAGCCUGCGCUACUCUCUGAGCGGCGACGGCGUCUUCCACAACGGGACGCGGUCCUGCUUCGCCGUCGACGAGACCUCCGGCGCCAUCCACCUCCUGCGGCCUUUGGACCGCGACCCUCCCCACGGUAAGUCCCAAUGGCGUCUACGUGUUGCUGCCUCGGACGGAGAACUCAAAGCCUACACAGCCGUCCACGUUAACCUCAAAGACAUCAACGACAACGCACCGUAUUUCCCGAAGUCAAUCAUCAACGCUACGAUAUCAGAAAACACCCCUGAAGCCACAGAUAACGACGACCCGAGCGAAGGCCACAACGCCAGACUCGUCUACUCUCUGGAGAAGAACGUGAUUGACGAGGCUUCCGGUCGACCUAUCUUCGCGGUGGACACUUUAAUGUCAACCACAGCCAUUGCAGUGGUCCUUGGGCUGGUCAAGUGGUCAUAUAUCUCCCUCAUGACACUGACGCUAAGGUGCCAAGUGGCUGAGCACUGGGUAGAGCACGGGCGGACACUCACUUGGCUUGAUACAUGGGAGACAGAGAUGCUUUUGUACAGCACAGGCACAGUGCUGGUGGAGGUUUCCGACGUGAAUGACGUGCCUCCCCGCUUCUCUCGGCCGGAGUGGACUUUGGACGUGUCAGAGCGCCUAGCCCCUGAGCACGUCCUGGCCACACUCACCGUCAUCGACCAGGAUGUUUCCAACAACUUCACUUUUAGGGUGGUGCCAGGCAGCGGGCGUGGGUGGCAGAUGUUCCGAGUGGAAGGGCGGCAGAGCGGAAGUCCCGGGGGAGACCUCCGUGCUAUGAGUCCGCUCGACUACGAGAACCCAGAGCACAGAAAAGGCUUCCGUUUCCGAGUGCAGGUCACAGACAUGGUAGGUGCAAAAACUAUGUCUAAGAAUAAAAAAGUUAUUGAUCGUGAAACUGUUUUUAAACUAAACACAAAGAGAGAAAGAAGAGCAGGUGAAAACAUUCCGUCUCCCCAUUACGGAGAGGCCGGGUGGCUUGACAAAUACCACGUGGACGGCGCCUGGGUGAACCUCAGUCUUGUAGAUGAUAACGACAACUCACCUGUGUUCACCCACGACUACGCCCAUUUCACGUUACCUGAGGAUACGCCCACGGGGACACUCCUGGCGACCUUCACUGCACACGAUAUAGAUGGCGGCGGACGGAGCCGGGUCAGAUACACAGUGGCGCCCGCGAGCGACCCGGGUGGGCGCUUCGCAGUGGACACGCAAGGCACGGUCAGGCUGGCGCACAGCCUCGACCGCGAGGAGACCGACGCUCACAAUAUCAAUGUCACCGACGUGAACGACAACGCGCCCUACCUGGACGACCCGAAGGAAGUGCAGGUCAUCGAGAACUCGAAGCCGCAGGUCGUCGCCCGGGUCAAGCUCGGUGACCCCGACAACUGGAGACAAGGUCACGGGCCGCCCUUCACAAUACAGCUCGACCCUCGCGCUCCGCCCCACAUCAAGGCCGCCGUCAAGGUCAAGCAUGAUAAAAGAGGUGACGAGGGCCGCGGCGUUGGCAUCGUGUCAACCAGGAUGGCACUGGACCGGGAGGAGCGCCGCGCCCUUCUGGUGCCCCUGGUGGUGGGCGACGCCGCCUCGCCCGCGCUCUCCGCCACCGUCACCCUCACGCUCCACGUCGCAGACCUCAACGACAACCCGAUGGCGCCGGCGGCCAAGACGAUCGUCGUCCACACCGUGCAGGAGACUACCACCACCCAUAUCACCAACUAUAAACACUGCAACCCCACACAACCAUCCAUACCACCACAGCUGCCACUUACCACUCCAAAAAAGCUCUCGGCCUACCACUCUACCAAGCCAUGUCAUCACAGUUCCCAUAACUCACAUCACUUAGGCUACCAGCAGAACCUAUACAACCAUCACCACUACGACUAG